ACCGCCUUUUGCCCCGCCCAGCAAGACUCCGCCUCCGUUGCCCCUAGCGUCUGUUUGUUGACUUCCGGGAGCGCAGUAGUGGUCGAUGCCAAGAGGGUCGCGAUGGGGGCCCCGGGGGCUAGGGCAGUACCUUAGGCCCAAUAGAGUCGCCCCUGCUGUCUUUCCGAAGCAGGCACAGGUUCCGUUCGCAGUUUUGGGCAUGGCAGAACCUGAGUCACUGGUGCCCGAUACAGGUGCUGUGUUUACGUUUGGAAAAACUAAAUUCGCUGAAAAUAUUCCUAGCAAAUUCUGGUUUAAAAAUGACAUACCCAUAUGUCUUUCAUGUGGAGAUGAACACACUGCUAUUGUUACAGGAAAUAAUAAACUGUACAUGUUCGGCAGUAACAACUGGGGUCAGUUAGGAUUAGGAUCAAAAUCUGCUAUCAGCAAGCCAACAUGUAUCAAAGCUCUUAAGCCUGAAAAGGUGAAACUUGCUGCCUGUGGAAGGAACCAUACCAUAGUUUCAACAGAUACUGGUGGUGUAUAUGCCGCCGGUGGAAACAAUGAAGGCCAGUUGGGGCUUGGUGACACUGAUGACAGAGACACCUUUCAUCAAAUUGACUUCUUCACACCCAGUGAUACCAUUAAACAGCUCUCUGCUGGUGCGAACACAUCAGCUGCUCUAACUGAGGAUGGAAAACUUUUUAUGUGGGGCGACAAUUCUGAAGGGCAGAUUGGUUUAAAAAAUAAAAGUAAUGUAUGUAUCCCUCAUGAAGUGACUGUUGGAAAGCCAAUUGCAUGGAUCUCUUGUGGAUAUUACCAUUCGGCUUUUGUAACAAUGGAUGGGGAGCUGUACACAUUUGGAGAACCUGAGAAUGGAAAGUUGGGCCUUCCCAGUCAGCUGUUGAUCAAUCACAGAUCACCCCAGCGCGUGCUUGGGAUUCCUGAGCGGGUGAUUCAAGUAGCCUGUGGUGGAGGGCACACCGUGGUUCUCACAGAGAAAGUUGUAUAUGCCUUUGGGCUGGGACAGUUUGGACAACUGGGCCUUGGAACUUUUCUUUUUGAAACAUCAGAACCCAAAAUUAUCGACCGUAUUAAGGAUCAGAAAAUAAGUCAUAUUUCCUGUGGAGAAAACCAUACAGCUUUGAUGACAGAUAUAGGCCUUAUGUAUACUUUUGGAGACGGCCGGCAUGGAAAAUUAGGACUUGGAAUGGAGAAUUUUACCAAUCAGUUCUUCCCUACCUUGUGCUCUAAUUUUUUGAGAUUUACCGUUCAAUUGAUUGCCUGUGGUGGAUGUCACAUGCUAGUUUUUGCCACUCCACGACUUGGUACAAUAGAUGAAUCUGAAUUUGAAGAAGUAUAUGAGCCUUAUAUAAGUACAGGUUCUUUGUCCAUCAAUGACCCAGGAAGUUCACUGAAUAGAUCUUUAUCAGCACGUCUGCGUCGAAGAGAGCGGGAGAGACCCCUAUGCUCUACUUCAAUGGUGGGAACACUGCCUCCAUUAGAGGGGACUUCUGCCUCUACUUCAGCUUAUUUUUCCCCCAGUUCAAUCCCCUUCUGUUUGUCUGUGAAUAACUACCCAGAGAAAAGCCCCUCUGACUCGGAGCCACUGGACUCAGAUUAUUUUGAAGAUAAAAUGAACAAAGAAUCAGAGACAGAAAAUUCUUCAGCAGUGGAUUCAGAAAACUUUGGAGAAACUACUGAUAUCUUAAAUAUGACACAUAUGAUGACCACAAGUUCCAAUGAGAAACCAUUAGAUUUUUCACCAAUUCAAAAACAACAGAAUCAAGACACGGUUGAUAAAGUGAUGGAAAAUACACCAUGCACUGAAAAUGAGGAUAGUUAUGAAUAUGAAGAGAUGUCAAAAAUAAAAGAAGUGACAGUGUACAAACAAUAUUUAGCAAAAGGGAUCUUCAUGAUACGACCACCUGAGAUUCUGGGAACGUUUUCAGAUGAGGAAGUGGGUAAUGCCUUAGACCAGGCAGAGCCACAGGUCCUUGCUGAUGUAAAGGGCUUACAAAGCAAGCAAAUAGGAAAGGAAAGUGAUGAAGAAAUACUCUCUGCGAAGAAAACUGAGGUGACGGAAAUGACAGAUGAGAAACAGAUUAGAGAAAGUGAAGAGAACUCAAAAUCAGAUUCAUUUUUUGAUGACUUACCAGAUAAAGACAUAAAUUCUGAAAGUGAAGACAAUAAAGAUAAUGCUGAGGAAGGGAAAAGCAGUGAGCAGAAUAUGAUCUUUGACAGUGAAACAGAACUGGUAGAAGAAGCAGACAGUUACAUGGACUGUGAAAGACACAGUGAGCAAGACAGUGCUGAGGAGUUGGAGCAGCACAAGCUGGUAGAAUCUAGUAGCGAAGAGAAAGAUGACGAUGAAGUGGAGACCGAGCACUUCUUAUGGUACAGCAGGAAGUGUGCUGAGCAAGCAACUGAGAAUGAAUUCAGAGCAACCAGAUUUCUUCCCAAAUUCGAUAUUAAGCAUGACCACUUGUCAGGGAUACCAGAGGAGCAGGAAGGACCAGAGGACUCAGAAGGAGAUGGAGUAGAGGAGCAAGUGAUACAGGCACAAGAGGAAAAUAUGGAAUUGGAAGGGGACAAAAAGGAGGCAGAAGCAGAAGUCCUGUCAGAGGUCAUUACAGAAAAAGAGGCUCCUCAACUUUCAGAAACUGUGAAACCAGAAGAAGGGGGCAUGGAUGAGCAAACUAGUGUCCUGAAUGUAGAAGAGGCUGUAGAAGACGAAAGGAAGGAAGAAAAGAAGGAGAUCGUAGAAGGAAGUACACCUGAAGAUAGCCUCCCUGAAACAGAAGGCUCAGAAACUGUCGAUACUGCUGAUGAGAAGCUAGCUGAAGUCCUUAAAGAGGAGGACAGUGCCAGCCUUCUGCAACGGAACCUUCGUGAGUACAAUGAAAAUCCAAAAGGACACAUGUAUGAUCGUGUAAAGAGCAGCUCUUCAGAAAUUCUGGGAGGUAAUGAACCAACAAGUAAAGACAUAAAAAAAGCUAAAAAAAUUUCCUUCUUUAAUCGGAUGUCAUUGACAGGUCAGAAACUGAUGCAGAAUACUAACGAUCCACUCCCAGAGAUAAAGCCAAUAGGAGAUCAAAUAGCCUUACAAAGUGAUAAGAAAGAUGCCAACCAGAACCACAUGGGUCAAAAUCUUCAGGAUACUGCAACACCAAAUAUGGAGGGAAAGUCCAAAUCCUGUACAAUACUAUAAAUGUAUGUUUAUGUUUCCAUGGUCACUGAGCACAUUUUUUCUUCAUACUUGAAAAAUGUUGUGAAUUCGGAAGGAAAUUCCUUGGUAACACUGUUUAAAAAGAUAUAAAUUAGUAUGUUUGGCUUGGUUUAAACAAUAUGAACAGUUUGAUAUUUAUGCUAAUAUAACAAGAAGUUUCCAAAGUACAUGUACCUCCAACUCUCUUUGAAGUGUUCUGGCCUUAAAACUGUUCAGUGUUGCAUAAAACUAUAUAUUUUUAUAUUUGAAAACCGAAUGAAGCUAUUUCAUAGUUUUGCCAACACAAACUUUGUAAUUUCCUAAGACAAUGUUCAUGAUAUUACAACACUGGAACAGUUUUGAAUAUAUUUACAACAUUUAAAAACAGGUAACAUUGUAAUGAACUUAUUUUAAUAAAUUAUAUCUGGUUGGUUCUGCUCUCAAGAUGGAUAAGUACUUGGAACUAUUUAUUGAUCAAUAAGGGGCAACGAGGAGAUGGAUCAUUUGAUUCUGUUGCCAAAGAUUUGAGCUUGCAUCCCAGCACCCACAUGGGGCUUACAACUGCCUAUAACUCCAAUUCCAGGGCUCAGAUGCCCUUUUUUAAGUCUCUGCAGGUAUGAGGCAGACACAAGGUGCACAGACAGACCUGUAGGCAAAAUAAUUGAAAUAAAUAAAAAAUAAGCCUAAAUAUUUUUGAGUUAAAAAGUACAAAAUAUCUUUAUCACUUAUCAAAGAUAUGAUAAUUUAACUCUGCCACUACAAGAAACCUCAUAAACUUGCUCAGUUUAGCUGUCUCUAGCAAUGACAUGUGCUGCCUCUUGACUUGAAAUGCAUAGGAAUGUGAAAGCUGUUAAUCUGUUCUGAUAGGAGCACUGCCUCCUUGCUCACACUUUGUCUUUAGAAAGAUGAAAUAUACUUCCUCAAUCUUCCCUUGUCAGUGAAACAUGUCACUUUUCAGUUGCAGUGACCAUUGCCCCAUUUAAACAAAGAAAACAACCCCAUCAUUUUAUUUUUACCUAAAGGGUAAAAAAACAAAAAUGUUAUUCCAAAGUCAUAUGGUUUUGAAAUCUUAAAAAAAGUAGUUUUCUAAAUAGAUAUUACACUUAGUAAGUUUCUUAUUUUUAUUAAAGGUAAAUACACUUUCAAACCUUGCAUUGUUGAAGCCUCAGUACCAGGAUGAUAUUGCCAAAGUAUGUGAAGCAGAAGCUUCAAGAGCUAAGUGGAAGUCAAACUCAAAAAUGAUGCUAAAAUAUGCUGAUGGUAGCAGAUGGAGUUCUAAGGUGACCCCUAAGAGUAGUCUUGGUGCCACAUGCCUUGAGUAAUCCCUUCCCUCUGAGUAUGGGUGAUACCAAUGACUAUGAUAGGGAGUCAUUUCCUCGAUUGUGUUACCUUAGUCUCCUAGAAAGAUUUUACAGGAGUAAUGGGAGAACAUGUUAUACCAGAGAGUGUAGGAUAGCCUUGCAGCUCUAAUGGCUUGCCAUUAUGCAACUGUUGGGAACGGAAUUAUAUCCAAAACCAAUGAGCCCAGGAGAGGAACACAGUCUGCAGAUUAGAUCAUAGCCCUGGUUGGCAUAUUGAUUCAGUCUUUUAAACUCUGGAGCAGAAGACCCAGUGGAGCAGUGCUCAUAUGCCUGCCCUUCAAAUCUCCCGAAACCAUGGGUACAUGGAGGGAGUUUUCAUCUACAAAAUGUAUGGUGAUUCUCUUUAACACUUUUAUAGCAAUCUCCCCCCAUAUCUCUCUGUGUGUGUCUGUCUCUGUGUGUGUCUGUCUGUCUGUCUGUCUGUCUGUGUUUAAACUUAGAAAGGGCUAAACCAUAGUCACAUACCAAAUUUGAUCAGUCAAGUUGCUGUCUCUUAUCCUCCUCUUCCUCCUCCUUUUCUUCCUCCUCCUUUUCUGUUUUAAGUGAGUACAUUGUUUUUGGUAAGAGAAAUUAAGUUUAUAAGGAAAACAUUGAAAUAGAUUUAUCUUGGCUUUAGUGAUCACUAAUUUGACAUUAAAUUUGAAUAAGGAAUUGAUAACUUAAAAACUCACUAGAAAAACUAUGAUUCACCUGUAAUAAUUUCAGAUUUUCAGUGCACACAUACAUAGUGAGUUCCAGGCCAAUCAGGGCUAUAUAGUGAGAACCUGCUUCCAGAGCAAGCAAACAAACAAAAAAGCAAAUGUAGAAGCUUUACUCAUAAAUUCUCAUGAACAUGACUGCCCAAAUAUGAGCUCAACAAAGAUAGCACCCAUGAGCAUGCCAAAGUGCAUGGUGUGUGUAAGGAGAGGGGUUAGUCUAUGAGGCCUCUGGCCUACACAAAGUAUAGGCAACUGACAAAAGCUGGGAGCAGGAGAGGUGGCCUUUCCUAAGGAAGAGCAGACCAAUUGAUUGAUCAGUACUAAAAGAUCUUCCCUGAAAAUAUUCAUACAGAUUGCACAGGUUAUACUUAGGAAUGUGUGUAUGUAUAUUCAUAUACAUAAGUGCAUGUAAUAACAAGUAGUGAAAAAAAGAGGCCAUGAAUUUGGAGAGUGGGGAAGGGUAUAUGUAAGAGAUUGGGGGAGGAAGGGUAGGAAGAAAUUAUGAUCUGAAAAAUUGAAUUUUAAAAAUCCCGAAAAUAAGGAAAUGACUUUUAAAUGUACUAAAACAACUUCCAAAUUAGAAUUUUAUAGGCAGAGAAUUUCCUUCAUAAAUGUGAAUAGAGACAUUUCAAUACAGAAGGUAAGAUUUGUCUAUACCAGUUUUACACUAAAGUGUUAAUAAAUAUGCUGUGCUCCUACCACAGUAGCUCUGAAUCAGGAGGAUUACUCCCCCUUCCCCAGAGGACAUAUAGCAACAUCUGGAGAUGUUUUUGGUUGUCACAGUUCAGGGCGGCAGGGGGAGGAAAGAUGCUCCUGCAGAACACAGUUCUGUCCAAAACAUCAGUAAUGCUUACAUUUAAAAUAACCUGUCCUAGUGAAAACCAGGUAGGUUCACACACAC